AGCUAAAGUGAUGACGAUCCCUCUCUACAGUUAGCUCUGUAAACUACCGAAGAAAUGUACAGUUCGUGCAAUCCGUUGUUGGCACCUGCUGCUCUCACUUCUUCACCUCCGAUUCCACGUCAGUUCUCCUCACUGGCCUCGGUUAGUGGUUGGUGCGUUUCUAAGCAACCUUGUGGACUCAUAGUCGAUUCUCGAAAAGUACUAGCAAAUAGCAGAGCUACUUCCUUGUCCAGGACUAUAGCACAUGGAAAGGUCGACAUGUCUUCUGCCUCUGAAGUUAUAACUGAUAACGGUUCGGCUGUAGUAGAGAUGGAAGAAGCUGCUGAAAACAUAGCGAUUUUUAGUUUAGAUCCAUCCUUGGAAGCUUAUAAAGAUCACUUCAAAUACAGAAUAAGGACUUUUAGGGAUCGGAAAGGGCUCAUUGAGAAACAUGAGGGAAGCCUUGAGGAAUUUUCACAAGGUUAUUUACGGUUUGGAUUUAAUCAUGAAGAAGGUUGCAUUGUGUACCGUGAAUGGGCGCCCGCUGCACAGGAAGCAGAAGUCAUUGGUGAUUUUAAUGGUUGGAAUGGUGCUGCUCACAAAAUGGAGAAAGAUCAAUUUGGUGUAUGGAGUGUCCGAAUUCCUGAUAUUGGAGGGGACCCAGCCAUACCACACAACUCAAGGGUCAAGUUCAGAUUCAAGCAUGGCAAUGGAGUUUGGGUAGACCGGAUUCCUGCUUGGAUAAAGUAUGCGACUCGCGAUCCUACAAAAUUUGCAGCCGCUUAUGAUGGCGUGUACUGGGACCCACCACCUUCAGAAAGGUACCAGUUUAAAUAUCCUCGUCCACCUAAACCAGAAGCACCUAGAAUAUAUGAAGCACAUGUUGGAAUGAGUAGUUCAGAACCCCGUGUCAAUACAUAUCGGGAAUUCGCUGAUGAUGUUUUGCCUCGCAUUAGAGCAAACAACUAUAACACAGUUCAGUUGAUGGCUGUAAUGGAGCACUCCUACUACGCAUCAUUUGGGUAUCAUGUUACCAACUUUUUUGCUGUGAGCAGCCAUUCCGGUACCCCAGAAGACCUCAAGUACUUAAUUGAUAAGGCACAUGGCUUAGGUCUUCGGGUAUUGAUGGAUGUGGUUCACAGCCAUGCAAGUAACAAUAUCACUGAUGGCCUUAAUGGUUUUGAUGUUGGGCAAAGCUCUCAAGAUUCUUACUUUCACACCGGAGCUCGCGGAUAUCACAAGUUGUGGGAUAGCAGGCUAUUCAAUUAUGCAAAUUGGGAAGUUCUUCGAUUCCUCCUCUCCAAUCUGAGGUGGUGGCUUGAUGAGUUUAAGUUUGAUGGAUUUCGAUUUGAUGGGGUAACCUCAAUGUUAUAUCAUCAUCAUGGAAUAAACAUGGGAUUCUCUGGAGACUACAAUGAGUACUUCAGUGAGGCAACAGAUGUUGAUGCUGUGGUUUACAUGAUGUUGGCUAAUAAUCUGAUACACAGCAUUUUGCCUGAUGCAACUGUAGUUGCUGAAGAUGUUUCUGGCAUGCCUGGACUUGGCCGGCCGGUCUCUGAAGGUGGAAUUGGUUUUGACUAUCGCUUAGCCAUGGCCAUUCCCGACAAGUGGAUUGACUACUUAAAGAAUAAGAAGGAUGAAGAAUGGUCAAUGAGUGAAAUAUCAUGGAGUUUGACAAAUAGGCGAUACACUGAAAAGUGUAUAGCUUAUGCUGAGAGCCAUGAUCAGGCUAUUGUUGGUGACAAAACAACUGCAUUUCUCUUGAUGGAUAAAGAUAUGUAUACUGGUAUGUCCUGUUUGAACGAUGCGUCUCCAGUAAUUGAGCGUGGAAUUGCCCUUCACAAGAUGAUUCAUUUCUUAACAAUGGCAUUAGGAGGAGAGGGUUACCUUAAUUUCAUGGGAAAUGAGUUUGGGCAUCCAGAUUGGAUUGACUUCCCCAGAGAAGGCAAUGGCUGGAGUUAUGACAAAUGCAGACGUCAGUGGGAGCUCGUGGAUACCGAGCAUUUGAGAUUCAAGUUUCUGAAUGCUUUUGACAGAGCCAUGAAUUUGCUUGAUGAAAAAUUUAAAUUUCUUGCGUCAUCAAAACAGUUUGUAAGCAGCACGGAUGAUGCUGACAAGGUCAUUGUUUUUGAACGUGGAGAUCUGGUAUUUGUGUUCAACUUUCACCCGGAAAAUACAUACGAAGGGUAUAAAGUCGGUUGCGACCUGCCUGGAAAAUAUAGAGUGGCUUUGGACAGUGACGCUUGGGACUUUGGUGGACCUGGAAGAGUGGCUCAUGAUUCAGACCAUUUCACAAGCCCCGAAGGUGUACCCGGUGUUCCUGAAACAAAUUUUAACAAUCGUCCCAAUUCCUUCAAAGUUCUCUCUCCGCCUCGUACAUGUGUGGUUUACUAUCGAGUUGAAGAAGAAGUAAAAGAAAGCAAUAUUGAUGGAUAUGAUGCAUCUCUAGCAAAACUGCCAAACAAAGAAGUCUCUCAGGGAGGUGAUGAAGAUAGCAACAACGGUGCUAAGGAAUUAGUACCAGGAACGCGCGCUUUGGAAGAUGAAGAUGACGCAUAGUGCUAGAAACGGGGGCGGUAGGAGAUGGCAGCUUAACAGAUUUAGUAAACAUGAAACUUUAGUUUUUUAGUUACUAAAUGUUGGAAUGAAAGCCCCUUUUGUGACAACUGUAUGAAACUACCUUGUGAUAUAUUUCAACUAAAUGUUGGAAUGAAACCAGAAAACAAGAAAGCAAAAUUAAGCAA